AUGGGACAACACAAUCAGACAAAUGUAAAAGAGUUUGUUUUUGUGGGAUUCUCCAGGGAGCGAAACAUAAAUUUGUGUCUCUUUGUAGUGUUUCUCUCCAUGUACCUUGUCACCCUGACAGGCAAUACACUCAUCAUUGUGGCUAUCCGUAUUGACCCACGACUCAGCACCCCCAUGUACUUUUUCCUGAGCAAUUUGUCUUUCCUGGACAUCUGUUAUACAACUAGUGUGGUGCCCCAGCUGUUGGUCCAUUCCCUGACUCGUCACAAGGUCAUCUCUUUCAGUCAUUGCAUGGCUCAGCUCUACAUCUCUUUGUCCCUGGGUGGUAUUGAGUUUAUCCUGCUAGCAGCCAUGGCCUAUGACAGAUAUGUGGCUAUCUGCUAUCCCUUGCAUUACAUGACAAUCAUGAGCAGAAGAGUGUAUAUCCAGAUGGCAAUGGCUUCUUGGAUGGGCGGCUUCCUCAAUGCUCUGGUGCAGACGGUAUUUACCAUGCACCUUCAGUUCUGUAGCUUCAAUACCAUCAACCAUUUUGCCUGCGAACUCCUGGCUGUUAUCAAAGUGGCUUGCUCCAACACUUUUGUCAACGAGAUCGUGAUUAUAGUGGCAGGAGUCAUUGUCCUGUUGAUUCCCUGUGUUGUUGUGCUUCUCUCCUAUGUCUAUAUAAUCCGUGCCAUCUUACGAAUUCGCUCUUCAGAAGGUCGGCAGAGAGCAUUCUCUACAUGUACCUCGCAUCUGACUGUGGUCACUCUCUGCUAUGGCACAGCAAUCUUUGCUUACAUGAGUCCCAAAGCCAACACUUCACCCAACCAAGACAAGAUGGUAUCAAUAUUCUAUGCAGUAGUUACUCCCAUGCUCAACCCUAUCAUAUACAGUCUAAGGAACAAGGAAGUAAAAGGAGCCCUGUCUAAAGCAGUAAGGAAAAGUAUCACCACUUAA